UAACUCAAAACCCCACCGUAUCGACCACAGGCUUGCCCCUUCAAGUCACAAUUCUGUACAGCUCACUCCAUUGUUCAUAGCACCGAAAUCGACAUUGUAUCGGACGUUGUGCAGCAGCUGCAACCUCAGCAACAUCACACCGUCGAUGUAUACGUAAAUAGCCGUCUGAUUGUGCCACCUGGAAUGUUUCAGUUCUGUGCGCUACGAAUCGCAAGCCUGGCGCAGGUGUCGCCAGACAGAAAGAUGAAGCUGAUAUAAGAUGAGCGUAUGAGAUUCUAGAAUGAAAUGCGUCGUUUCUACACCCGAGCGUUUCUCGUUGUGGCUGCCACCAUCGUCAGUGUAUUUGUCUACCUGCAAGUCAAGGUUCUCACCAAACAUGGACUUUCUAGAGCACACGGAAGUCACAUCCACCAGGUUCCAUCAAACAUGAACCGAAAAACAGAGUCUGAAAUCGUUCCCUCUGAUUCGAAACUGAAAGAAAACGUCAUGAACGACACACAACGUGAUGGGAAUGACACAAGGAAUGGCGGGCAGAAUACGUUUGUGUUGAACUUCGAAAAAACAUUAGACUCUGGUCGCAUUCCUCCUUUGUGGCAAAGAGAAUUAUACACAAGUAUCCUUACAGAUCGACCAAAGACAAAAUUUUAUCUCAGCCAUGUGUUGAUGGUUCGACUGUAUCAUGCCGAUAAGGCUAAAUGGACAAUACGGGAGUUGAAGCAGUGGUUGCAUUAUAUGCUUCUAGCGGGUGUAGAACACUUUUACAUAUGUGAUCACUGGCACGUCGGGGAUAAUGACAUGGGGAGACAACUCCAUCGAUAUAUAACUCUCGGCCUUGUGUCCUACAGUAGAAUAUACACACAUGAUGCGAUGCAAGCUCAGGUUCAAUGCUACAAGAAGUGGGUGGAAGCAGAAGGCUCUAAAUCUACUUGGAUGACAUCAGUUGAUAUGGAUGAAUACCCCUACCAUCUCCAGGAUAAGCGGGAGAAGUUCCUUCAGCUAUACCUCAAGGACGUCCAACACAAAUACCCAGAAGUUGCUGAAAUAUCUAUGCCUAACUUCCUCAUGCUUGGACAAGGGGAUAAAACCAGAAAUAUAACUGUUGAUAGAAUCAAACGGUCGACGCCUGGUCCAGCAAAUAAAUUAGUGAAGCCAAUUUUUCAGCCUUGUUGUGUGCGGCCUGAUAUCCAUCGUGGGACGAUGUUACGUCAGAUGCGCGUCAUGUCGGCGGAUCCAGAAGAGCUGCGGAUGCUGCAUUACUGGGGUAGCAGGUUACAGAACUGGGGUCCUGAUACAGAUCAGAUGUUGAAGAUAACCAUUCCCUAUAGUGACAUGGCAGACAGUUGGGUUGGGCGGAUGAGAAACAGCUUGUUAGCGUUCGGUGAAGAGGACGCUUUUUCACGGAACUCAGGACCAUGAUAUAUGAAAAUGCUGUUGUUCAAAUUGGAUACGCUUCAAGCAUGAUUUAAAUAAAAGUAUUAUUUUUAUGAUAUGUGAA